GUUAGUUGUUUUAGUUAGUUAAUUAUUCAAAUUCUUUCCGGCAAUAUCUAAAAAAGAUCAAAUUUGACUUUUGGUGAACGGAGAUGGUUUGAAACUUAAAAUACACUAUCGAUAUAUAUUCGUAUAAGAUCAUCCGUUUCAUUCUUUAAUAAAUAAUUUAUUUUUUCAAGUCAACCAUAUCACAAUUUCAUUUUUCGAGCAGUUGUGAAAAUAUUUUCCUCAAGUGCACAUCUGUUUUAUUACAACAAAUGUUGAACAUAGUUUGGAAAAGUACAUUAUGUUAAUAGUCUAGGACAAAAAGCUUACUACAAGGACGAUAUGCUUGACAAGUCGAUAGGCUAGCCCCAAAAUGUACAACCUGUUUUUGCUGCUCAACCUCUCAUCCGCAUACGCCAUCCAAUUUACUCCAGCAAUUCUCGAAGAUACUGUGAUCACGUUUAGCGAAUGGAUAUCGCUGCUUUUAUCGAGGGGUGUGUACGUCAUCUUGGCCACUUUGAUCGCCUUUUGCUUUGUAGUGACGACUGUGAAAAAUAAGUUCUGCGAACGGAAAGAGGCCGAUGAGUGCAAGGGCAAAGACGAGACAUGGUCCUCUCUUUUCUUAAAUAAGCCAAAUGAUCAGUUUUGGUUACCCGGUACCAGAGAACAACUUGCCCCGUCUAGUAAUGGAAAAAAUACUGACACUCUCAUGGAAGCUGUUGAGACGUUGAAGACUGAACUGGAAAAAGCAAACAGAUCAAGGGCCGAGCUAGAAGAAACACUUGCUUUAAUAGAGCAGAAGAAGGACGGAGAAAUGAUAGCUAUCUGGAAAGAAGAAUCGGUUCAAAUUAAAAAAGAAUCAGAAGAGUCCGAAAUUCAGUUAAAGAUUGCUCUAGAGGAAAAGAACGAUUUGAGCCGAGAAAUCGAGCAACUGAGGAGAGAACGGGAGGAGAAGCUGUCAGAGAGCGCUUUCAAAGAGAAAAAAAAGCUGGUGGACAGUCUGGAUAGCGCCCGGUCCGAGAUUGAGGUGCUCAAGAACCAGAUGAAAGAUAUGAAAGCAGAGCGAGACAUGGCGGUCAGGCUUGCAUCCGAUAUGAUGGAAAAGGCAAAAGGCGUGACGCAAAGAGAUAAGGAGCAAAGACAGCUCAUUGAGGACAUGAUCGAUUCAGAGCUAAAGAGAGUUAGAGAAGAGGACGAUGUGAAGAGUGGCGAGAAUGACUUAAAAACCGAACUGGAUCAAAUCGAGAGUAUGUGCUUGCCAGACAAUCCUCCGGCAGAAGGGACUUUCAAAAGCGAAAGCUCACUAUGCAGUAAGUCAUCCGUAUGUGGGACGAAAUGCAUCCUUCACAGCGACAUACGCUCUCUGAGGAUGGCCGUUGGCGACGGUCCGCUCACAAUCUGCAACAAUCUCAACGAUCUUUUCAUCGCCGUCCAGUCCAACGCCGUUCAGUCAAACGUCGAAAGUCCGGAAGAACCGCGGACGACGACAUCCGGCAGCGAAAGCAGCUCCGUCGACGAAGAAGGCGACGGAAACAAAAAAAUACUCCUGACUCGCUCGCCCGCUUUCCGAGCCUUUCUCAACUCGUUUACCCAAAGAAACAGCUAACACCUUGUAUUCGUCUUUAGAACGAUUAAAUUACCAAUUAAAAGAAUAUAAAAAAAAUCAGAUUCGUGCACGUCCUUUUUUGAAAAAAUGUCAAACCCCUAUCCAACAACUCCAAUAAAUAACACAUUAAUAAAAUCUUAUAUA